AUGGGGCCUCCUACUGACCCCGGGCCCUCGGGCAGUGCCCGAGUUUCCAAAUGGUCAGUCCGCCCCUGCACUGAUACCUUGUUUUCGGUGCAUUUUAUACAACACAUGCGACUGAAAAACGCAACACAGCUGUGUCCAAUCACAGCUGAUCGCAUGGGACAUGUACACUAAUCAUCAGGGCACUGAUGAUCAGUGUGCCCUGAUGAUCAGUGUAGCCAGCAGUGCCACCUGUCAGUGUCCAUCAGUGCCAGCGCCCAUCAAUGCCACCUGCCAGUGCCCAUCAGUGCCACAUCAAUGCCACAUAUCAAUGCCUACCAGUGCACAUCAAUGCCAGAUCAGUGCCCAUCUGAGCUGCCUUUCAGUGCCACCUAUCAGUGCCAGUCAGUGCCGCCUAUCAGUGCCAGUCAGUGCUACCUAACAGUGCCGCCUAUCAGUGCCAGUCCAGUGCCACCUAUCAGUGCCAUAUAUGAGUGCUGCCUUUCAGUGCCCAUCACUGAUGCCUGUCAAUGCCCAUCAGUACCACCUACCAGUGCUUCCUCAUCAGUGCAGCCUAUCAGUGCCCAUCACUGCAGCCUCAUUAGUGCACAUCAGUAAAGGCGCAAAAUCACUUAUUUACAAAAUUUUUAACAAAAACUAAAAAAAAACUUUUUUUUCAAAAUUUUCAGUGGUUUUUGGUUUGUUUAGCAAAAAAUAA